UACCAUCUUGACUCUUGCCAGGAACUAGAGACAUGGAGCCUCCAGCAUCUGAGAAGGCAUUGGAAGGGAGGAAGAAGUUCACUGUGAAGAUGGACGAUGAAGACGUCGCUCCGGUGAAACUUCUUUUCAAACCCUCUUCUGCAGCCACAGCCUCGCCAGCCUCCGAGGCCCCAGUUGUGCCAGGGGGCGGAUCGUAUGCAGACUAUGUUGUUGGACAAGUCGCGGCCUCCUCAGCUCCUCAGGUGAAGCAAGGAGCACCUGUUGCCACAGCCGCCGCCUCUGCUCUCCCAAGGGUCCCCCCUCCACAUUGCGAAAACAAGAGCCUCCCUGUCGUGCAAAGCGCAACGGAAGACAAAGCACCCCCCUUGAACCCAGCUCUAAAACCAGGAACCAAACACAACAGCAUCAUCGUCAGCCCCCGUCAGAGGGGGAACCCUAUCCUGAAGUUCGUCCGCAAUGUGCCCUGGGAGUUUGGGGAGAUUGUCCCGGAUUAUGUGCUGGGCCAAAGCACCUGCGCCCUUUUCCUGAGUCUCCGGUACCACAACCUGAACCCCGGCUACAUCCACGAACGCUUGCGCCAGCUCGGAAAGACGUACAUGCUGCAGGUGCUGCUGCUUCAGGUUGAUGUGAAAGACCCACACCAGGCACUGAAGGAGCUGGCCAAGAUCUGCAUCCUCGCUGACUGCACCCUCAUCCUGGCCUGGAGUCCGGAGGAAGCAGGACGCUACUUGGAAACCUACAAAGCCUAUGAGCAGAAGCCGGCCGACUUGCUGAAGGAGAAAGUGGACCAGGACUACCUGUCGAGAGUGACAGACUGUCUGACCAGCGUGAAAUCGGUGAACAAGACAGACACCCUGAGUCUUCUCUCCACCUUCGGCUCGCUGCACAGCAUCAUCCAAGCUUCCAAGGAGGAUCUGUCCCUGUGCCCAGGGAUCGGGCCCCAAAAGGCCAGGAGGCUCUUUGACGUCCUGCACCAGCCGUUCCUCAAAGCUCCCAAGUGAGCAGGGGCCUCCGUGACGUGAAGACCAGGAGCACGUUGUCUGCAAGU